GGUUCUGUCCCUUUCCUCUUUUUCUAUCGAUCGCCCGCCCAACAUGGAUCAGAUGAUUGGAGACAAUGGCCGCUUUCCAUUGGAAGAGUGGUUCUGGGACAUGCCAGUUUGCACGCGAUGGUGGACGACUGCAACGGUCCUCACCAGCGCAUUGGUGCAGUUCAAAUGGGUAAACGCGUUUCAGCUCUUCUACAGCUUCCGCGCAGUAUUUGCAAACCACCAAUAUUGGCGCCUCCUCACGACAUUCUUCUACUUCGGCCCCUUCUCCCUCGACCUCAUGUUCCACAUCUACUUUAUGCAGCGGUACUGCCGCCUCCUCGAGGAGUCGUCGGGCCGCUCCGCCCACUUCUCGUGGCUGCUGCUCUACGCCAUGACGUCGCUCCUCGUCAUCUCGCCCCUCGUCUCAAUGCCGUUCCUCGGCCACCCACUCUCGUCGACCCUCGUCUACAUCUGGUCGCGCCGCAACCCGGACGUCCGUCUCAGCUUCCUGGGCCUCCUCGUCUUCACCGCCCCGUACCUGCCCUGGGUUCUGAUGGGCUUCAGCCUGGUCCUGCACGGCACCGUGCCCAAGGACGAGAUCAUGGGCGUCGUCAUCGGCCACAUAUGGUACUUUUUCGCCGACGUCUACCCGCCCCUGCACGGUGGCUCCAGGCCGCUUGAUCCGCCCAUGUUUUGGAGGAGGAUGUUUGAGGGUCCCGCCGCCGCCAGGGACGACACGGCCGACGAGGUGCCGCCUCGUGAGUUCAUAGCCGCUGGUGCUGGCGAUGGGGCGCGGCAAGAGCAGCCUCUGCCGGGAUUAUAA